UCUACAACUCAUACCCUCUUAACCCGACACAUUUCAAACAAGAUGCAAGCUGCGAAGGAGAAGCUGAAGGACGUGGGCAGUGCAGCCAAAGAGAAGUUGCGGAUAGGCACCGCAGAAGCCGAGGAGAAGACGGGGAAGGCAACUGCUACGAACAAGCACGAGAAAGAAAUGGCGAAAGAGACAGCCAAGGCCAAGAAGGCCGAGGCCAAGGCUGAUCUGCACCAGGAGAAGGCUGAUCACCAGGCGGAGUCCGCCGUUCAUCAUGACGGCGUACACCAUGUACCCCUCACAGGUCCACAUCACCACCAUGCAGUGGGGGCGCCGCCGCUCGGAACCGGUGCUACAACUUACCCGACUUCCGGCGUCAAUCCUAAUGCUGGAAAAUACUUAUAGUUCUUCUAAAUCUCUACUUUUGAUUAUGAGAGUGCAAAUAAAUAGAUUGUAUGUAUAACCUUGUUACUACUGAACUUACAGGUUAUGCUUAUCGCUGAACUUUAUCCAAAUUCCACGAAUAAUAGUUUUGACUGGUUGAUCUUUUGCCGAUUAACCUUGCGGCAACAAUUGUAAAAGACAACUGGGUUCCUUUGCUUUCGCGAUUGAUGUAUUUUCUUUCUUGGUUUGAUUGUUUGAUAAUUGUUUUCA